CGUGCGGGUGGUUCUACACGCGGGUUUCAGUCACUGCUGCAGGAGCAGACGCCCGGGGAGCUCUCCCAAGUAUUUCUGGGGAACGGGGGUUGCCCUUUGUCGGCGGCAGGCAGGGCUGCUGGGCCCGCGGUGGCGCUGUGCCAGUGCCGCGUGUGCUGCCUGCACAUGUGGAACAGUGGCGUUGCAGCGGUGGGGUGGUCACGCUAGGGACCUGGUUCGGUUGCAAGGUACACCAAAAAAACCCGAGAUUCAUCCUGUGGUUUAAGCAGCGACAUUCGUUGAUGCAUGUCUUAACAGUGUGGUAGCGUAGGUUUAUUUGGGGCGGUGAGUGGGUGUAGAGAGGAACACGGUAAAAUUUGAACAAGAUAUGCUUGUAUGUACUGGAAAUGAGCAUAUCUAAUUUGAUGUCCGAUCAGCUCAUCUGCUUGAACAGUAAAACGGCACUGUACAUACAUUAGUGAUCUCUGCUGGCCAUCAGCCUGAUAAGAUUUUGAAUUUCAACCUUUCUGUUGUUACUGGCUUUUGUAGGCAAAGUGCUCGGUGUUAGGGAGACCGUAUGGAUAUAAGACCCUGACCCAAGACGCGAACAGCUUGAAUCUUUUGUACCAAACAGCUAAAAUCCCCACAAAAAGUGUGCUGUUUUCAGAGUUGGGUAUGAAAUAAAUGCUUCAAAACCCAAAUAAAAUCCCUGAGCCAGUGAAGAGAGCCAGCUUACAGGUUCAGUAGAGACUAAGACCAAAUUCACAACUCUUCCUGGUGGGAAAUUGAAUUGACUUCAUCAUGGAAACUUCUUAAAGGCAUAGAGGAUGUUGCUACUAACAGGAUUUCUUCUAUGAUCAGAGAAACAGGUUUCAGCGUGAUUCAUGGCAGGGGACGUGGAAGGGUUUAGCUCCUCCAUCCAUGACACCAGUGUCUCUGCUGGAUUCAGAGCACUGUAUGAGGAGGGAUUGCUUCUUGAUGUCACACUUGUCAUUGAAGACCACCAAUUUCAGGCCCAUAAAGCACUGCUUGCCACCCAGAGUGAUUACUUCAGGAUUAUGUUCACAGCUGAUAUGCGAGAACGAGAUCAGGACAAAAUCCAUUUGAAAGGUCUGACAGCUACAGGCUUCAGUCAUGUCCUCCAAUUCAUGUACUAUGGAACUAUUGAACUGAGUAUGAACACUGUUCAUGAAAUUCUUCAGGCUGCCAUGUAUGUCCAGCUUAUAGAGGUGGUAAAAUUUUGCUGCUCUUUUCUCUUAGCUAAAAUCUGCUUAGAAAACUGUGCAGAAAUUAUGAGACUUCUGGAUGAUUUUGGUGUAAACAUCGAAGGAGUCAGGGAAAAGUUGGAUUCCUUUCUGCUAGAGAAUUUUGUGCCACUCAUGUCCAGACCUGACUUCCUUUCAUAUCUGAGCUUUGAGAAGCUCAUGUCUUACUUGGAUAAUGAUCAUCUGAGCAGGUUUCCAGAGAUAGAGCUGUAUGAAGCUGUUCAGGCCUGGCUGCGCCAUGAUAGAAGACGCUGGAGGCAUACGGACACCAUCAUUCAGAAUAUCAGGUUUUGUUUGAUGACACCAUCCAGUGUUUUUGAGAAGGUAAAAACAUCAGAGUUUUAUCGAUACUCCCGGCAGCUGCGACAUGAGGUUGACCAAGCCAUGAAUUACUUUCAUAGUGUUCACCAACAGCCUUUGAUGGAAAUGAAAUCGAACAAAAUUCGUUCUGCCAAACCUCAGACUGCAGUAUUUAGAGGAAUGAUAGGACACAGUAUGGUAAACAGUAAAAUUCUUCUCUUGCACAAACCCAGGGUCUGGUGGGAACUAGAGGGUCCUCAAGUACCUUUAAGACCAGACUGCCUUGCCAUUGUGAAUAACUUUGUGUUCCUAUUAGGUGGGGAAGAACUGGGGCCAGAUGGUGAGUUUCAUGCUUCAUCCAAAGUGUUUAGAUAUGACCCAAGACAGAACACUUGGUUACGAAUGGCAGACAUGUCUGUUCCACGUUCUGAGUUUGCUGUUGGAGUUAUUGGGAGGUAUGUUUAUGCAGUGGCUGGGAGAACGAGGGAUGAAACAUUUUACUCAACUGAACGAUAUGAUAUUACUGAAGAUAAAUGGGAGUUUGUGGAUCCCUAUCCAGUCAAUAAAUAUGGACAUGAAGGGACUGUGCUUGGUAACAAGUUGUAUAUCACUGGUGGAAUUACAUCUUCUUCAACUUCUAAGCAAGUGUGUGUGUUUGAUCCCAGUAAAGAAGGGACAGUAGAGCAGCGAACAAGGAGAUCUCAAGUGGUCACUAACUGUUGGGAGAACAAAUGCAAAAUGAAUUAUGCAAGAUGCUUUCACAAAAUGAUUUCUUAUAAUGGCAAGCUUUAUGUCUUUGGUGGUGUCUGUGUGAUCCUGAGGGCCUCCUUUGAAUCUCAAGGAUGUCCUUCUACAGAGGUUUAUGACCCAGAUACCGAUCAAUGGACUAUAUUGGCUUCUAUGCCAAUUGGUAGGAGUGGUCAUGGUGUAGCUGUUCUGGACAAGCAGAUAAUGGUUCUUGGAGGCCUUUGUUACAAUGGUCAUUACAGUGACUCAAUUCUCACCUUUGAUCCAGAGGAAAACAAAUGGAAAGAAGAUGAAUAUCCGAGGAUGCCGUGUAAGCUGGAUGGCUUACAAGUCUGCAGCUUGCACUUCCCUGAGUAUGUUUUGGAGCAUGUUAAACGCUGCAGCUAGAACAGAAUGAACAACCCAAUUAAAUAUAAAAAAGCUAUAACUAAUUUGUCAAACAAUACAAACCAGUUGAAUUCCUUCAGAGACAUUACUUUGUGUAUAAGAACAAUUGCUAAUUGCUGAAGAGAAAAAGGAUGUACAGGGAGUGUACUUACUGAGUUUAUUAGAAAAGCCCAAUAGCUGGUCUGAUACUGUAAAAGCUUUGGGUUUUUUAACAAACAUAAUUGUAAGUAGGGGAAAGAAAAAUAUAUUUUUGAGUGUGGUUAUUUUUUUGGUAACAUUUUAUGUCCAUAAUACUACUACUUUUUUUUUUUUCUUAAUGGCCAUUAUACCACUAUGCUUCUGAAAUCUAUUGAGUUUAACAAAGUAUUUGUGGAAGGAAGAGAAGAAAGACUAUUUUCAUUUUUUAUUGAGCGUCAAAAUAAAACUCAUCAUUGUACUAGGGUACAACCAGGUAUAAAAUAACGGAACUAAACCAUUUCUGUAUUUUCUGUUGUAUUUUGGAUGAUUUUCCCAUUAAUUGCAAAGUAUUCUCAAGUCUACUAGAUGUUUUUGUUUUCCCUUAUAUGCAUUGAAGAAUAAUCUUAACCCUUUGCAUGACCUUUUCCCUGGUUUUGUAUAGUAGUACCAGUAAGUCAGCCAAGAGGCAAAUUACACAUUUUCUACUAAAUUGAAAACAAAACAUUUUUAUAUUCCAAACAUUAUUUCUAUGCUGCCUUCCAUUGUCUGCAUUGUGUUUGUUGGUGAGUGAAAAAUAUAUACACACACAUGCAUACACUGUAAAAACUAUAUAUAAAUACAUCUUUUUAUGUGCGGUUACAAUAUUAUAUUUUAACUAGCACACAGAUUCAGCCAUAUCUGUUGAAUUUAAGGUAUCGUGCUAUCCUUUAAUGAGCUAAAUAAUUUGAAGUUCUUAAGUAACCAGAGGCCUCAUUUGGUAUCAAAAUAUCUUAUCUUUAGUACAUACUGAUUGAUUCAGUAACUUCAGACUCUUUAUAUCAAUGCUACGUAAUGAACUGUUGAUAAUUUGUUAUUUUAUAAAUUAUUUUUUAAAAAGUAAACAAAUCUUACCUGAGCUUCUUUUAUGUUUGAAUGUGUUGACUGGUUUUCUUUUUUAUGAAAAUGGACAAUGUCAGUAAGUAAAUGCUCAGCACUGCUUCAGCCCACAGUUAUUUUCAGAACCAGAUAUACUACAGUUUAUUCUCAGUACUUUCUUUGUACUCAUACUUCAAUAUGAGUACUUUGUACUUUGUAUUGAAUACUUUGUACUCAUAUUGAAGUGGUAUAAUCUUUUUUAUUAUUCUUUUAAUUAUCAACUGCUAUGAACUACUGUGUUUUGAAAAUGUGGAGUUAGGUGGUUGGAUGUUUAGUAUCAUUUAUGUUUCUUUUACAAAAAAAUCCUACACAAAUACAGCUACUGACCUCAGAGUGCCUGAAUUGAGAUGUGUGGUCCAAGAGGGCUUUGAACAACACCGUUGUGUUAAUUUGCAGAUAUGACUGACAGUUGAUCGGUAAGAAUUAUCUGCCAAGACAUAAAUAAUAAAAGUAACUAUAUUCUGAUUAAUAGCCACUUCUAGAAUCUAAAGGAAGAGAUUUGGAGAAGUUAAAGGCUCACACUUAGUUCAGAUACAUAGGGGCAAAAUGCUGAAACAUGCACCUGCAUAUUUUGUAAAAUUGUAUGCCGCUGUGUUUCACUUCCAGCGAUAGACUUGACUUUAUAUGCAGCAAAGCAAAUUACUUUAUUCAGCGUUUUCCAGUCAGAAAUCACUGUAGAAAAAGAAUGUACAGUACUCAGGGAGUUAAAAAGAAUGCACUUACAAAGGGACCAAAAUCACCCUAAAUUUCUUAUGCUAAAAGUAACACCUCCUUGCCUAAACUAAUUUUGAAAUAAUUGAUAGAAGUUAAAACAAUGUGUAAAACUCCUCAUACUUGUAUUUUGGUAUUUUUUAGUAGUUAUGUUUUGACUUGAGUUGUGAGGAUUUGGAGCUAUGUGGCAAGUCAGCAGAUUUUCUUGGUUUUUUAUUAGAAAUGGUCUAUUGAUAGAAUAUUUUCUUUCCCUACGUUUUAACAGAAAGAGAGAAUGUAUGCCAUCAUAGCUGUAGUGGUAAGUUAGUUGCACCAGUAGCGACUGGACCAAAUACUGAUAUUCAGCCUUCUGAUGCAGGCUAGUUUGCAGUUAAAUUUAAAUUUCUCUUAAAUAAAAUUCAGCUUACUGGGGUAGAAAUCUAAUUUACUUUCUUAAUAGCUUAACUUAAAGCCAGCGUGGCUUAUGCCAAAACCUCAGUUUCACUGUGAGACUUGUGUGUACGUUACCCUGCAUGGGCGCAGAGAUAAACUGACUCAGUAGAUGCUGGCUGUGUACAAGUAAAAAGGUUCUGCUGUACAUAGUUCGUGGAAUAUUGUGGCACAAGAAGAAAACAAGGAAGGGGUGGGGGUGGGGGGUGUGUUACUGUUUUUAUUCUUUUUGUCACCAGCUCAUUUCUCAAUAAGUUUAUGGAACAGCAAAAACUAAUCUCGCUUGAGUAGGCUUUCAUGGGCAUGUUGCGUAAAGCGCUUCACUUGCAUCUAGGCCAGUCUGGGGAAUGGAUGUGGUUCUGAAUACCUGGUUUUCCAUGGUUCAGGUGUAGGAGAGAGACAUGGCCAAGACCUUUAUUAAAAAUAAUGGUAAGGAUGGGGGUGUCUUAACUUACGUUUUUGAGUCUGCAUUUAAGCACCUUCUGAAGUUCUGUGCGCUAAGCAACUACCGCUGAAGUCAUUGGUGAGUAUUGACACUUGAAACGUGAAGAAUCAGAUCAUUUUUAGGUGCUGUUUUUAAUUUCCUGUUUAUCUUCAGGCACCCAGGUCUGAAAUAUCUUGUUUGGGAUUGUAAUAGUAGUUAUUCUGUGAAAUUCUAACUUGAACUGUUGGUUUCAGCUUCCCUGAAGUUUUGUCUCUGUUGAGAAGCUGGCUGGAACCUUUUGAGCAUUAGGAAUUAUUGGAAUUUGCUUGGGUUUAGAAUGUUGGGGGGUAUGUGAAAAUGUUCUGUUAAUUUACAUUUCUACCGUGCUUUUAUUGUUGCAAACAUGAAAUAGGAAAUUAGCUUACAUUCUCUUCCAUUGCAGUGGAACUUUUGAGGCAGUUAUUUUUGUUACUUUAUAUAUCAGAGAUAUUUUCUUUUUUUUUAAUUGAAAGUUUCUGUUUGUAUUUGCUUUUAGUAUUUAGUUCCAGAUAACUUAGUGUUUAAAUAAAAAGAAAACUAAGCUGGCUGGUAAGAAUUGCCUAUUACUAUCAAAUUUUGAGCAUUAUGAUCACAUUAAGAUGCAUUUUAGAAGACACUUAAAUGCCUCUCAUUUUCAAGGAAAAGGUAGGUUAUAAUCUAAGAUUAUUAAUUUUCAACCGUUACAGAAUACCAGCAAAUCUAAUCUCACCCACAUAUGUAAAAUUUAAUACACGACCUGCUUUUAAACUAGUGUGUACUUGCCUUUUCUUAAAAAGGUGGACAUAGUGAGUUACAGUCUAGGGUCUUUUGGUUUGGGUUUUUUUCAUGUUUAUAGCAAAAGAUGUAUCAGCUUCAUGUCUUAAUUCAGCAGCUAGCUCGAGGAAGAAAUUUUGUUUUUGAAUGAGCCAGAAUGGACAAAAAGGGUAAUUGUCCUGUGAAGGUGUUGGACACUUCCAGUUCCCAUUCCACAUGCUGCUGUACCUGUUUUUAAGGGACAGCUAAUUUUCAAAGUAGUGAACAAGGGAAAAGUAGCUCAUUUCCCCCCACAAAGUAUUGGUAAUAGUUACAUAGCGAGAGGUAUUAGGUGGCAAAAAAAACUUUUGAAAUUUUUUUCCCCCAUUGAUUCAACUGGAGGAAGGUGGUACUUGAUUUUACAAAGGCUCUUUCUGAAAGCCCUGCUAGCAAGAGGGGCCAGUGGCAGCAUAUGAGCUACCUGGCAAUCUGCUUUUGUGUUACUUUCUUUUGAAAAGUGUGGAUGCCCUACUUUUUGCAGUAUGAUAAGCAGUCCUGUUAUAACUAGCUCUUAAGGGUUUGUGGCUUUAAUAUUUCCCUGGUUUCUGAGAUUUGCAGCCAUUUUUUCUUGAGGACCUCCUGCCUUACAAACCCAAGUGCUGUGUUUUUUCAUGCUGGUAACUGCUUGCAUCAGAGAGGAAGCUUCACUGGACACUCAGGAAGCAAAGGAUAAAAUUCAGCAGGUACAAAUCCAGAUCAGUUCAAAAACAAAAACAUUGCUUAACUCGUUAUGUACAUUCUUAUGCAAAAGCAGGGUAAGCAUUAUGGGGAAAUGCUAAUGGCUCUUUAAAAAUAAACUUCAAGUUUGUGUCAGCAUUUAUAUGACAGUCUUUUUAGAAAUAGUUGCAUUUGUAAAGGUAUUUUGCCUUUUAAAUAUAUUUUUCCUUACAAAAAAAACUGGUGAAUUGUGCCCCUCAUUCUUUUAACACUUCAAAUGUGUACUUCGCAUAUAUGAACAGUCUAAUAUGAAGAAAACGGAAAACUGUAAGGCACUUAAAAAACAUAAAAGUGCAAAUGAUAUUAAACCUGUGCGUAAAUGUUUGUAGGGUUGGGGGCAUCAAAGAAAACAUCUGUCCUGCUCUCCUUCCAUUAAUAAAAAUAUAGCUGGUGAAGUUACUUGAAUAAACGUGGUCCGUCACAUGUGACAGGGCUCACUGAAGGAGAGUGGGGAAAGAACAUAACUGGAAGGCAUGUGUAAUCUGUUUAAAAUAAAGCUUGCCAGUGUCCUGUAGCUAACAUUUUGGGAUUUUAAUGUUUGUAAAACAAUCUGAAGCUGCUUAAAAUAAAUAAUAAUGACUACUUUUGCAUCUGUAUUCUAUUUGUGAAAGUUGGUGAAUAACUUCAAAAUUUCCAUUUGUGUGGGUAAACUUCAUAAAACAUAGUUGUAUGUGGCAGGUGGUUUUGAGCACAGCUUUCCUGGUUUUCCCUUGACUAAUUUUUUUCUUUAUUACUUCCCAAAUUUUAAUUUGUUUAUAUAGUCUUCUAAAAAUAACUUUCAAAGAUAAAUUUCAAAUACCUUUGGAUUAAUACUAAGUUGGUAGCUAGGGGAAAACCACUUCUGUUUGCAGAUGGUAGUUUUUAUUUAUGGCUCUGGUAGAAAACCUUAUUGUAAGUGUAGAAAAUACAGUGUUAUGUAGGACUGUAAAUUUAGUUAUACUUAGGGGGCUUUUAUUACCUCAGUGGGACCCACCUAACUUCUAUGUCAGUUCUGGGAACAGGUGAAGGGAAGGGUAAGCUAAGUUUUUAUUUAAAAUAUUUUCCCUAUAUAUUGUUAUUUUUGUAGAUCUUUUAAAAAUAAAUUAUUAUAUGCUGGAGAUUGCAAUUCCACUAUAGUACCCCACUUGAUUCCAGUGUACAGUAUCAGAUUGUUUGUAUUGAAAAGAAUGUAUUUGAUAAGUUAACAGGAAAAGUUAUUUUCAAACUGUGCUGUGUUUGUGUCUAGCAAUUGGAAAUACUUUCCCUAUAGAAAAUUUAAAUUAUAUAUAUAUAUGAGCUCAUAUGUACAUUUGGAUUAACUGUCUAAUGAUUACCCCAGGGCUGCUGUAAACUUGUCUGAAUAAUUUAAGAAUUGCCUCUUUUUAAUUGUUUUAAAGCCUUUUUUCUUGGGUGGUUGGUUUUGGUUUUUUUGGCAGAAAGUCAUUUUCCCUAGCUAUGGAUACAGUAUGCUCAGACUUGCAAAGACACUCUGUUCGGGUUUCAAACUGAAAAAAUGUAUAAAAUAUGUAUAAAGAAAAGUGUAAAUAAAAUAUUUUUAAUCUUUAAA